AGCUGCUCCAAAAAGAGAGUAAAGGCCAUGUCGCAGACGAGCGAGGUGACGCCGGCACCCACGGGGCUACGGCGCCUGGGGGUGCUGAGAACACAGAAUGGCAGCUUUGACCCUCAAUGCCUUACUCCUCUCGUCCGACUGCUCGAGCCACGAGCUCUCGUCCGGUCCCACGUCGUGCACUGGCACGCGCGGGCGGUGGGAGUGCGGAAGACUGCCUGGCUGCUAGAAGGGGAAGGUGAAGAGGGAUGGAUGAUCAAGGAGAUCUCCUGCAAGCGUCGCUGUUGCAACAUCCCUACUGCACUUGAGAACUGCGACAGCUUGAUUCAGAAGUUUCCGAACCUCCUGCUGGAUGAGACAUUAGCUUUUCCCCACAGUUGUGUGGAGCUUCAAACGCCCAGUGGAGAGCACACCAACGACCUGCUCAUCUCACGGCGCUGCCCCGGCGUUCAGCUGUGCCGCUUUUUCUCGGAUCUGGACCUGCGGCUGGUGGAGAAUCAGGAGCACCUCGAGCGGGUAGCGGCCAAGGUUGGUGAGCUCCUGGCGGAUUUCCAUGCACGUUAUUCGGACCCUCUCACUGGCGAAGCCACGUACCAUACGGACUUCCAUCCCAGCAAUGUGCUCUACGAGCCUCAGAGCGACACCUUGACCUUCAUUGAUCUCGAUGGGAUGGGCUCCAGUGGAAUCAGCGAUGACGUGGAGAAGUUCGAGCGCUUGCUGUGGACCUUUUCCGCUGAACGCUAUGCUUCAGCAUUCCGCUUGAAGUAUAUGGCGCUCGCAAAACCCUUGGCCAAGCCGCAGCGCAGCUCCACCAAGUCUACUGCUGCCAGCAGUGAGGAUCUCUAUCCGCCGACGGCCACCGUGGUCACACGACGGCUGCCCAGGGGCGAGAGUUUCAAGUGUCUGAGCUCGCUGGCCAUCCCCAGCUCGAGUGGCUUUAAUCCCAGAGGGAACCUGGUGACCUUGGCGUGGCUCAUUUCGCCUUCGGAGAAGAUGACCGAGCCCCGCGUGCGAACGGCGAAGAAGAAGGCAUGGAUGUUGUAUCAGAAUGGCCAGAAGGAGUGCUGGUACUUGCAGCAGGUGGCAUCCAACGUUGAUGCCAGCUUGUUGGAGAAGAGGUGUCGGGCUUUCGUCCGAAUCUUCCCGCAUGUUUUGGCUGAUGAGUGCCUGGCCUUUCCCCACAGUAUGAUUCCUUUGCAGAUGGGUUCGAAGAAUUGUGGCCACCUCUUGGUCGCGAACGGCCCCUGCAACACUACCUUGGAACAGUACUUCCUCGAGUGCCAAGACAACAGAGACAAAGUAUUGGAAGAACUGCUGCCACGUGUGGGUGAGAAGUUGGCGAAGACCUUGGACAAGUACCGUUCGAACGAACUGAUCCAGUUGAAGCCCAGCGGUGUUUUGUACGACGCCCAACGGGAGAUCAUCACGUUUGCGGAUUUUGCUUGGGGAGAUGAGGGCAGUGAUGGGAUGAACGUGCUGGACCGCUUGUGCGACAGCCUCAAGAGCUUCGCAGAUGACCGUCACCUUCAGAAACUGCGCAUGGGCUUCGCACGUGUGCAGAGGAGUCGCCAACGUGGAGCCUUCCAGAAAGCCUGCUUCGGAAAUCGCUCGCCUCCGCACAGCGACAGCGAGGGUUCCUCCUCCUCCUCCUCGGAUGAGGAAACCAGUGGUCUUUGUCGGACGAUGUGACCUUCCCUACUGAUGUCCAAGCAGGUUUUCCUGACUGGACAAACGCCGGGCGCUCUGUCGAGCGAUCGCGCUGGCACGCUGGCGAUCGGUGUGCGUUGAGGAGACAUUAUACGGUCAGCUUCCUUGAGGGUUUGAACGUUCAUUGCUGGUCGCGAGGUUCGAGCUCGAGACUCGCUGGUCGCUCGGCCGGCCCGGCCUGGCACGACCUCCAAUUCAGUGGGCCUGGGCCAAGCGAUUCGCGCAACACGACGAUGGUCGGAUUUUUACCACACCUCGAUGCGGCUUAAAGACCCAGAGUCCCACGCUGAGCCACACUGAGCCACAUUAGCUUGUAGCAUUCUGUAGCCUUGUCAACUCCUUGUGUGGUUGCUGCUGGAGCCGACUCCCGUGCAAAGAACA